AUGUAGCAAGAGCUCGCGCGCGACAUAGACAAGUAAUCUUAUGAAGCUGAAAAGCGAAAAAAUGGUAAAUAUUCAGCAGAACUCAUGAACAUGAAUAAUUCUGAUGAAGAACAUAAAGAUGAACUAUUCAAAUCCCUAAAUAAUUAGGGCCAUGAUGACGCUACAAACGCUGGAAAAUCUAGUAUCAAUUCAUAAAGUAACUAAAAUAAUUACUUAAACGACGAUAUUCAUUAAGGUAGAAGUCAUACAAAUAACUCUUCAAGUCCAUAGAAUACAUUAACAAGCCCCUAAUACUAUACUGAAAAUCUCGUAGAAAAGCCAUAUAGAGUUUAAUGCAUGAUGCUUUUAAUGCAUAUUGGUCUUCUAUUAAAAAAGAAUUUUUUGAUCAACCAGCGCCAUAAAUUAGUUUUCCUAUUUAACUUUUUAACUCCUGUAAUUGUAUGUCUCAUGCUGAUUAUGUGGCAGUAAAUAGCUGAUAGAUUGAUAUAAUUUUUAAUUAUCGAACCAGAUAUUUAUGAAUAAUCUUUGAUCCCUCGUUGCUUAUCUCCAGAAUAUCUUGAUUCUCUGGAUCCAACAGACUUAGAAAUCAAAGGAAAUAAGCGUGGUUGUAUUACAGUAGGAUAUCAUAUCAUCGGAGAAAAGUAAUUAUGGGUAGAAUAAGCUAUGGAAUAUGUGGCCUAAAGAAAUAAACUUGAAUUUGGCAAAGAUGUAAAGCUACUAUCAUAGGGAGACCCUUCUUAAUAUCAAAAAUAUAUCCGUAAGCAUUUAAAUCGUACUCAAAUCGGAGUUGUUUUUUGCACAACAAGCUAUCCACUAAAACAGUUCGGAUAUAAUUUAGACAUUCCAUGCAAUAUCAAUUUAUAAGAUAGUGACUAUUCUCAGUACUUGCAUGUAUCAGGAUAUGAUGUAGAGCGUUUUAAAAAUAUAAAGACUAUGGUAUAUACAAUUAUGUAUAACGGUACUCUUAACUAUAAAACUCCUUAUUUAGCUGAUCCAAAAGCAAGUGUUGGAAAAGAUGAUUUAGUGAAAUCAUUAAAAGUAUCGUUAGACAAUGCUUUGAUAGAAAUAGUUGCUUAAAAUACAAUUGACGAAUUCUCAAAGGUUUAUGAUGAAAGCAAAUCACGUGACGAGCAAAGACUCAAAAUGGAUUUUAAUAGAGAGCGUAUGCAAGUAGUAGCACAAGACUAUCCUAAAAUACCUACAAGAUUCACCCAAGGCUAUGAUGUAUUUGCAGGUAAUGGUGCUUUUUAUCUGUUUGUGCCAAUCAUGGUGACUUUUAUUCUGCUUAUUAAUGAAAUUCUUCGUGAAAAAGAAAAAAGACUGAGAUAAGGCUUAACUACUAUGGGAUUAACGCAUUUCAGUUACAUAACAAGCUGGGUUUUAUAUACUAUAAUCACUUUAGCAGUUUUAGAAGCAAUUAUGGUCCUUAGUGGAGUUUUAUUUGAAUUCGAUUUUUUCACUAGAUCUCCUGUUAUAAUUACUUUUACCAUCUUAUUCUCUUUUGGUUUAUCAUAGAUGUCAAUAGGUUUUUUCAUCACCACCAUUUGUAGUGAUGUUAAAUUAGGAUACACUGUAGCUUAUGCAUUUUUAUUAUUCUCAGUUGUUAUGGAAAUGUUUAUGUCUACUCCAGCUUUCAUUUUUUAUCUCUAUCAAGAUGAUCCAGAUUUGUUUGUUGAAAUCCUUCUCAAGAUAUUUAGUCUCUACCCCGCCUUCCAUUACUCUAAGCUUUUCCACGAUGUAGCACAACGCACAAAUAAGCACUAUGAAAUAGCAGCAGGACGUUGGGUAUAAGGCCCAGGUUUCAAUUAUGAAGAUAUAUUUGAAAAUUUCAGUGGAAAAUUCCCUUAUCCUCCUAAAGAGUAUCACACUCCAUCAUGCAUUACUUCAUUCGUUUACUUAAACAUAACUGCUAUUCUUUUCUUCAUCCUUGGUUGGUAUUGCGAUCACGUAGUUUCUAGCAAUAGAGGAACAUAAGAAAGUCCAUUGUUUUUCUUAGGUAACGAUUAUUGGAAGUGUUUAAGAAGAAAGUAAAAAAUUAGAAGAAAAGUCAGUGCAAGUCUCAAUAAAUUUGAAGAAAAUAAUUAAGAAAGUACAGGAAUUAAUUUAAAUGAAUCAGUGAAAAAUGAAAGAGAAGUAGUUUUAAAGAAUUAAUUAGAAGAUGCUUUUGUAGAUGGAAUAAGAAUUUAAGGAAUUAGCAAAACAUAUUAUAAAUAUCCAUUCGGCAUUAAAUCAAAGCAUGAUAAGACAGCUAUUUCUGAUAUAUUUUUUGAAAUUAGAGAAAAUGAGUUAGUUUCAUUACUUGGACAUAAUGGUGCUGGUAAAAGUACACUUAUAGGUGUGUUGACAGGUUUAUUAGCUCCUACAUAAGGAACUGCUAUAAUUAGAGGUUAUGAUAUCAGAACUAAUAUGGGUUAAAUCCGUUAAAUGAUGGGUGUUUGCCCUUAAUUUGAUAUUUUAUGGGAUGAAUUAACAGCUUAUGAACAUCUUGAAAUGUACUGCAAGAUUAAAAAUGUACCCUCGAAAUAUAUAAAUUAAGAAAUAGAUAAAAGAAUGGCAGAAGUAAGAAUGAGUGAUAAAAAGCAUUAUCGUGUAGGAACAUUUAGUGGUGGAUAAAAGAGAAGAGUUUCCCUGGCUAUUGCUGCCAUAGGUGAUCCCAAAAUUAUAUUCUUGGAUGAGCCAACUACUGGUAUGGAUCCUAAAACAAGAAGAGAAGUGUGGAAUAUGAUUAAAGAAAUGAGAGUCAAUAGAAGUGUAAUUUUAACAACUCAUGCAAUGGAAGAAGCUGAUAUAUUGAGUGAUAGAAUUAUAGUUGUAUCUGAUGGACGCUUAAAAGCUAUAGGAACUCCUCUUUAUCUUAAAAAUUCUCAUGGAGAUUCUUAUAGGUUGUGUCUUAUUCUAAAUUCAUCAGACCCCCUUUAAAUAGAAAUAGCAAGAGCUCAAAUUAAAAAACUUCUUCCUUCUUCUAAUAGUAUAACUUCAGAAGGUGCAAGUAUUAUAGUAGGAGUCUCUCAUCGCCACAUUAAUGAAUUAAAGCAAUUCUUUUAAAUUAUUGAAUGCACAGAUAUUCAAACAUUAAGCUAAGAAGAAUUAAAUUUCAAAAAUUAAAUCAAAGAAUGGGGUCUCUCUCAUGCUACUCUUGAAGAAGUAUUUUUGCACAUAACAGAUCAUGCAGAAUAAUUCCAAAGAAAGAAAUGA